AUGAGCGACACAUCAAAGAAGCAAAGGAGGCAGCGAGCCGUGCUGUCCUGUAAUGACUGUCGUCGGCGGAAACUGAAGUGCGACAGAGAGCUUCCGUGCAACAGGUGCAAAAACGGUGGCAUUGCAGAUAGCUGUGCUUACAGCCCUGAAGCGCACGGUGUAACAGACCCUCAGGAACAACCAGUGAAGAGACAGCGACAAUCUUUAACCAGACAAGCAGCUUCAAUUAUUCAAGGUGAGCCGCAGUCUCAUGGAAAUGUCCGCGAAACCUUGGAUUGCUCGGACAAAGCCCAGUCGGACAUUUUGCCUAAACACCGAAUCGAGCAACUUCAGUUUCAGGUCGCACUUCUCAAAGAACAAAUCUCCAUUCAAAGACAUCCUGUCGAGGACCAAACAUUGGGUUGCGCUCAGUUCCCUGAUCAGGGCGCAUCUAAGCCUGCUCCUUUGAUGGGGCUGCUGAAAGGGCGCAACUACGCGACUUUCUUCCAUGGCUCUUCUUCAGCAAUCUCUAUAAUGGCACAUUUUUCGGACCUUCGAAGCUUCAUGAAAGAUAUCUACCAGAACUCCACAGCACAAAGGCUUCAGCGAGACAUGAAGGCGUUCGAAGACAGAGCUCAGCCGAUGAGUCGAUCUUAUCGCGUCUUGUCAGUUACGAGCUUGCGAAGUCUGCUCCCUGAUCGAGCAACGGUUGGUGCACUCAUACGGCAGUACCUCGAUACCUUCGAAACAACUUACAGAGUGCUGCAUAUCCCGAGUUUUGAGGCAGCAUAUCAAGGUUUCUGGAAUUCUGAACGGUCCGGAGAUGUAGAAAUGGAUGCGUUAGUGCUUGCUAUCCUAGCAUGCACACUUUGCACUUCGACCCACGACAGCCCGCGGUAUAAUCACAAUGGAUCGACUUUUCAUACCAAGGCAGUCAUUUGGAUCAAAGCCUGUGAAGCUUGGCUUAAGCGACACAGUAACAAGCAUCGAACCCUUAUCUCUCUUCAGGUUCGUUGUCUACGUAUAUUAGCUCUGUCAACGACCUCUCAUAAGAAGAAAGAGUACUAUCAAGAUGUGCAAGCACAUAUAGCGUUCAUGCGAUCAUCCGGCCUGCACAGAGAUCCUAGCAUAUUUGGAACUCGAUGUUCAGCUUACGAGGGUGAGAUGCGUCGGAGACUCUGGGCAACCUCUAUGGAAUUGGAGCUUCAGGCGUCCAUUGACAAAGGUUUACCUUCCGUAAUCUCCAGUCUCGAAUACGACUGCACCUCUCCCCGAAAUAUCAACGACGCUGAUCUCCCUGUCGACCUGACGGAACUGCCGAAUAGCCAUCCCAUUACUACCUUCACAGACACAUCCUACCUCCAUCUCUCUAUGAGGACGAUCGAUCGUAGAACGAGAUUUUGUUCUCUAGUAAAUAGUUUCAAGGCUAGCUUGAGCUUUCAAGAUAUACUUCGCCACACGGAGGAUAUUCAACGAUGCUUACAAGCAACCCCGAAGUGGGGGGACUCAAGAUCUCUCCAAGCCCGAACACUUCUCGAUCUCCAGUUGCGGCAGUUUUUGGUGAUAUUACACACAUCAAAGGUACUGGGAGUGGACCUUCAGCUGGGGGCAGAAGGCCGUUACUCAAUGAUAGCAGCACUAGAGGCGUCAGCUGCGCUGAUCGAUUUGCACACGCAUGUUUUGAAUGCUUCGGUCUUUACUCUUUGUUGUACGCGUAAUGACUACUACAGGGCAGCAUUACUCAUAUGCCACAUUGCUUAUCAUGCCAGCAAAUCUAAUCACACGGUAAUCGCGCAAGUCGCAAAAUUAACUUUCAACCAGUGCUUACAUCAAGCUCUUCGUCUUCAAGAAGAGCGUGCGAUGAGGCCCGGUCGGGGCAGCCAGCAGCACUGGUACCUGAGUGCAGCCAUGGGUCUAGUCGGUCUGCAAUUCGACCCUUCUCAAUCUGAGGCUAUGAAACUUCAAGCCAUUGACCGUGUUUCGCGUCUGUUAUACAAGACGCUAUCACUGCUAGAUGACCCAGACGAGCAGUCCUUGGCGAGUGAGGUCUACCUCGACGACACAUCGGCGACGGGCAUGCUUGUUGAUGCGUCCUCAAGCACCACCGCAGAGCCCCUCUUGGCGGAGGGAUUUACCAAUGCAGGGCUGCGCUUCGACGCGUUCGACCUCGGGAGCACAUCGGAAUGGAUGCUAGACGACUUUUGGUUCUUCAAUGACGUUUCCUCCCUUGGAUUUGAUGAUCAGCACAUCUCUGGACUCUAA